AUUACCAUUUUCCUUCUAUAUUCUUUCUCCAUUUGUAAAGCUGAGUGAACUCGUUUCCCGCCGUUAGACUUUCGGAACGUUUCUGUUGAUUUACGUUCCUCCAGACGUGAAAACGUGCCUGUCAUUUCCAGCACAUUAAUGGUGGCUGAAAAUUGUCAGUUCAUGUUUUGUGAAAAGUAUUUUGAGCGCAUGUGGUCACGACAGCCAACAGCAUCUUGGAAAUAGUGGUGGAUUUCAUGUUCUUCUGUACUUUUGGUUUUUAUUGUGCAACGUUGUUAAUAAAUUGAGAAAGUAAGGUUCUUCAUUAACGAGAAUUAUGGCGAUUAAAUCCAACUGAAAGAGUGCAAGCCGCCAUCUUGGUUUACGGCCAUCUCAGAGGUAUAAAACGAAAGUUGCUACAGAACUUUGUGGAUGGGCUCGAGCAAGAAAUAUUCCGAUUUCUGCAUUUCUUAAACUCUGAUUCAAAGACCUGUAUCCUAGCUUGAUUUGCUCUUCACGAUACCUACUUUUCCACAGUUUUAGAGGAGUAUUUAAUACACGGACUCAAAAUGUUUUGGAAAUUCGAUUUGCACCCAAGCUCUGCUAUAGACACGAUGUUGACGAGAGAGGACUGUACUUUGAGCGAAAUAUUGGACGAAGAUGAUGUGUUGCAAGAGACAAAAUCGCAGAAUAGAAAGUUGGUCGACUUUUUUACUAGACCAGAUAUUUUGGAGGAGCUAGUUGACUAUGUUUUACAACAACCAGAUGACAGUAAAGAUGAAAGUGUGAGAUACAAACAUCCUAACACUGCUUGUGAAGUUUUGACAGCUGAUGUGUAUGCAAUCAUUGAUAAGUUAACAAGCAAUGAGGACCUUUUAAAUAAAAUCUGGUCAUUCAUGGAAUCUGAACCUCCACUCAAUCCCUUACUAGCUAGUUUCUUCAGCAAAGUUAUGGUAGUUCUUAUAAGUAGGAAGACAUCUUUGAUGUUAGAGUACUUUAAAAGUAAGGAAGAUUUUGUGAAUGCCAUUGUGAAACAUCUUGGUACAUCUGCUGUUAUGGAUUUACUUCUACGAUUGAUAACCAAUGUUGAAUCACCACAACUACGACAAGACCUGCUUGAGUGGUUGAAUAGUCAAAAACUUGUGGAGAGUUUGGUCUCAUUAAUAGAUCCAGGAAAUGAUGAAGAGAGAUGUUGCAAUGCAGCACAAAGCCUGUGUGAUAUAAUCAGACUUAGCAGAGAUCACAUGUCACAGCUCCAAGAGAAUGCUGAUCAAGAUCCCUUACUAGAUGCAAUUCAAAGGAGAGAGACUGUAUCAGAGUUAUUGGAUCACAUGCUUCGGGAUGCCAAGCUUCACCCUGAUGUUGCACUGGUCAAUGGAAUAUCUGUUUUACUCACACUCUUGGAAGUCAGGAAAGGAAGUGGGGAAGGUGAAGAACCAAUGACUGCUUUGGAUGCUGAGAGACUUGCACAAGGUGUCAGUGCUACAUUAGCUGCUCUCACACCCAGACUUAAAGAUUUUCAUCAGCUUCUAGAAGAUCCUCCUCCGAUGAAACCAAUGCUUACCACUGUUGGAACAUUAGAUCCUCCACUUGGAAAUGCUCGACUUCAGACCUCCAAGCUGAUCGCUGCUAUCUUAGCCACUAAUAGUGAUACAAUUAAUGCUGAACUAGCUAAUCUAGGAACAUUACAAGUUUUAUGGGAGUUAUUUUUCAAGUAUUCAUGGAACAAUUUCCUCCACACUCAAGUGGAGAAGUGUAUAACUACAGUAUUAAACAAUCCCCCAACUGAGGAAGAUGGGGAACAGAGUACUCCUUUAGUUGAUGUUUUAUUUAAAGAUUGUAAAAUUAUUCAAAGGAUACUGCAGGAAUGGGAGGAUCAUGAUUCAGAUACAAGUCAGACCAACCAAAGGAAAGGAUACAUGGGUCAUUUAACAAAUGUGGCAAACAGUCUUGUUCAAAGUCUAGAGAAAGGGAAAAACAAAGCUGCUCUUGAUACAAUUUUUGCUGACUUGCCUGAAAAAGUGCGUGAAAAAUGGAAUGCAUUUGUGAGUGGAAAGUUAGCAAAUGUCAACAAACAGAACAUGUCAGAAUUGGUUGGACAUCAUUUUCAGUCUUCCUCAGAUGAUGACGAUGAUUUCAAGCCCAUGUCCUUUUUACACACGGAACACUCUCUUCAGCAGGCAUUUUCAAGAUAUCAGAUGCAGCAGAUUACAACAGAAUUCAUGGAUACAUUUGGUCUGGAUGAGGAUGAGUUCCAAGAACCAGAUGAAUCAAUCACGGGACCAUUUGACAGAAUAGGGGACAUUAGUUUUACUGUAAAUGCUCAGGAAGAUAAUCCCAAUGCUUCAUUAUUUGAAGCAUGUUGUAAUGAAAAAAUUCAACAGUUUGAUGACAGUGGAAGUGAUGAAGAGGAUGUUUGGGAGGAAAAAGAACUUACCUUUUCAUCCAUUGCUGAGUCAAGACAUAGUACCCUGUCACCAGAGGGAGGAAAUGAAAGUGAGAGUAGUGAUAGUGAUGAAGAUUUAGAGUCACCUGCUCCUAAAGGUCCCAAUGUACCUUUUGAAAGUGGCAGCAGCCCUCAGGGAUCACCAGUAAAACAACCUCCUGCAGCUACAGAUAAUAAAAUGGAUGUAGAUCCCAGUGAUGCAUGGUCUCUUACAUUUGAACGUGAAGAGGCAGCCAUAGAUGAAGCUGUAUCCAUGGAUGCUUCUGAUGUUGGCUGGGGUGAUACACCAGCUGCAACAACAGACGACACAGGAUGGGCAACAUUUGAUAGUUUCACUGAUAUCAGAAUGGCUCCUAGCAGUGAACCAACACAGGAAAUGGCUGAUUCACCUGUUGCAAUGGAGACAGAACCACCUGCUCCUGCACAGGCAGGGGCAGCAUACAUAGUCAAAGAGGAUUCAGUUUCAAACAAGCCAGAUGAGUUAAGAACACAUGGCCUAGUGUCCAGUGCUGAAGCUCUUGGAGUCAUAACAGAUGCAGAUGGUGAUGAGUCUACGAGAAAAGCAGAGCCCUCACCAGUUCAGGAUAGAGCAGCUCGUUACAGGUGUGAGGGUCAGUCAAUUGACAAUUCAGCUCCACUAGCAACAAAUGAUAGUGAUGAUGACAUCUCAGAUGAAGAAACUGCUGGCGUGAAAUGUGAGGAAGUAUUUUCCAGGUUAGAACAAGACAGGCAAACUGAGGCAGUAGUCCCCUCAAACAAAGAGGUUAUGGCUGUAAAUAAUGCUCAUGAUGAUCAGAUGACAAGUGCCAAACUGGACAAUGGACCUGUGGACUGUACUAAGGAUACUGAACAUCAGGGCUUAUCAAAGAAAAGUAAAUUGGAUCAGGAUUCUAGGUCACCCCUAAAGGAGUUGGUUGAAACACAAACAAAUCUAGUCAAUGGGCCAGGCUAGAUUUUUCUCUGUUUAUUGUUUGUAACUUUGGCAAAUUUGUAUGUUUAUAGAUGAUGUCCUGUGUAAAAUAUUUUAGUACUGGCUAAGUUUGCUGAAGGAGCUUUACUCAGUAAGCAGGCCUCUGCAUCCAAUUAGGCAAAGGUUAAUUAGAAUUCUUGACACAUCGUAUUCUAGGAUAUCUUUGUACGUGCAAAGAAUUUUGUCAAUUGUAUGGCAUUGGGGGCCAUCAGUUUUUUUUUUUUUAAUUUUGUUAUCUGAAUGAAAGUGACACUUGAGGCCAUAACUGAAUGUCAUUUUUUUCUGAGAGGAAAUUUAUGUUGAGCUCAGUUGUUCAAAGCAUGACUGGAACACAUACUGUGAGCUAAUGCUGGUCUGCAAUUGCCAUGUUUUCUCAGAGUAAUAAAGACUUCAUUUCAAUACUUUACUAUCCACUCAGGUAGAUGAUGAAAAUUAAUUGACUGCAGAUUUUCAGGUAUAGAACCAAGUUGUAGUGAAAAGCAGUGUUUGUAAAUGAGUUCAAAGAACCCAAGAUUGGAUUAUGAAGUGGGAAAUUCCAAGUGCUUUGAGCAAAUGAACUAUUGAAUUAAUUUGAAUUCAUGUUUUUAAACUGAACAGAAUGGGAUGGUUGCAAAUACUUAAUUUCAUAAGUUAAUUUCAUUUAUAUGUAAUAAUUUCAAGGAGUUUUGUUUUCAAAAAAUACUGGCAAAAAUAAUUUUUUUUCCAGUCUGUAUUAAAUUUCUCAAUAAACCAAGUUUAGCCUUCCUUACUUAUGGGCUUGGUCUCUGUACCUGCAACUGUAUUUUUCUUAAUUCUUUUUGUCAUAUUUUUUAGUUGGGCAGUCUUAUGAUAUAGUAUUGUGUGCUAUAGGAAAUUCAGUUAUGGAGGAUUGAAAAUCUCAAGUUAGCAUCAGAAUUCUAAACUUUUGAAUUUUCCUUUGACCUUUUUUUAAAGAAAAUGGAAACAAUGCAGAAAUGUAAAUCAGCUGAGUAGUGUUCAAAUCUGGGGAUAAUGCUUUGAAGAAAUGUUUUGUAGUACUGAAUUACUACAGGUGCUUUUUUUGUCUUAUGAUAAGAGGAGAGUGUUAUUAUCAAAAGGACAAGCAAAGUGAUGUACAUAGUAAUUUUUUAUCCUUUAAAGAGUUAUCUUCCUUGCAAGAUUCCUUAGAAAUCUUUUUGUUUUAAGCAGGCAUAAGAAAAUCUCCACCACUGCAUCAUGUUGGUGGAAGAUUUUUUAAAAUUAUUGGCAUUGGCAUUUGUAAAAAUAUGAAAACAAAUAAGAACUAUCUUGAAUAGUGAAUUUCCCAUUUAAUGCCAUUUUGGAUUAUGUUACAUACAUGUCAUUUUUGCUGUCAUUUCAGUGGCUAUUCUAUUCAUGGUGAGUGAAGAUAAAUAUAGCUGAUAUGAAGAGUCAAAAAAUUCAAAAUGGGCUGAGCGUAACAUUCAGACUUUGGAAGACUGAUGUUAUUCACCAGUUUGUCCUUGCUUUGCUAUUUUGGAGCCUAAAAUUAAUUGUCAAAUUACCAACAAGGUGUGCUAGUGGUGGAGGUCUUCCUUAAACUUUUUUUUCAACGUUUGCUUCCUCAGGAUGAUUGCAAAGCUUUUAUAUAUAACAUGAUCGUGUAUACUUAUGAGAAGGUCAAGAGAAGAUCUCUCACAAACCAAUGGAACAUUACAAUUUCACCUUCUUUUUGUUUUAAAAGGUUAUAGCUGCUAAACUAAACAUUUUUAUUUCCAGUUAACGUGUUACUCAGUCAGGAAUCGUAAAGUUUUCCUUUCAAAUAUCAAUGCAUGUAACAAAAGCUGUACUCUAAAUAAAACUUGUCCCUUUAUUCAAA